GAAAUCGCAGCGAUUCUUAUCAGUUUUGAUAAGCACAAUGAGUGGCAGUCCAAGGAAGUCAAAACCAGACCGAAAAGCGGUUCACUGCUUCUGUACUCUCGGAAAAAGGUGCGCUACCGACGGGAUGGCUAUUGUUGGAAGAAACGCAAGGAUGGCAAAACAACGCGCGAGGAUCACAUGAAGCUAAAAGUGCAAGGAACGGAGUGUAUCUACGGCUGCUAUGUGCAUUCGGCCAUUCUACCAACUUUCCACCGCAGGUGCUACUGGCUGUUACAGAAUCCAGACAUAGUAUUGGUACAUUAUCUGAAUGUACCAUAUCCGGAUGAUAAUAAAAUGGCUGUUAUUGCGCCGAGUAUUACGCUCUGGGGUGAUAAGAAGGAGUGGACCAAAGAGGAACUUGUCAAUCAACUAAAACCCAUGUUAUCAACGGCUACUUCGGAUGACGACUCUGAUUCCGGCAAUGAUAUAGAAAUAUCGACGGCUGAGACUGUUGAAUCUUUAGUGUGUCAAUUGAUGGAAAAGCAGCGUUUGUCACGCCAAGCUGCUUUAGUCAAGCAGCUGGACUGCGGUUGCGGUGAUGCUUCGUGUGCCGAUGGAAAAACUUGCUCUCACCCAGUUAUGCGGCGACCGACUUUAUUAAAAUCGGUUAGCGAGAAACGGCUUAGUAUUGCCGAUGGUUAUGGAGCGGGCACGAGCGGUACGCCAAAUGUAGUGAUUGGCCAAAAGCUUUACUCGCGUUGGUCGGAACGUCGAUUGCGUGAUGCAAGUGAUCAACAACAUCAUCAGUAUCAGUAUAGUCAUCAUCUGCAGCAGCAGACCUUGCCGCAGGAGUCGGCGAUUAAAUUCCAAAUAAUUCCACCACAAAACAACGAACAACAACAACAACAAGCUUCCUAUCAACAUCAACAACAACAACAGCAUUAUCGGCAGAUGGCUGCUCGAAACAAUAUGAUUUUGCAACAACAACAACAGCAGCAGCAACAACAACUGCAUCACCACCAACAACAGCAGCAGCAACAGCAGCAAUCAAAUUUCAAUCAAAGCUCAUCAACAAUUUCCAACAGCAAUCAUAACAAUCAAUUAAAUUUGCAACGAUUUGUAGCUAAUCACGUCAGCAACCACAACCACAGCAGUAGUAAUAAUGUCAGCAAUGGCAAUAAUAAUAAUAAUUCACUUGUAAAUCAUCGAUUACAAAUAGCAAAAACAACAAUAACAGCUACAUCAGUAGCGGCGGCUGCUGCCGUUACUGCCAGUAUUGAGCAACAAGGAGCCGGAGGUGGUGGUGUGAUGGGUAUGAAUGAGGCUGAACUAAUUGGAAACCCCAACCAUAUGCCCACAAAUGCCCAACAGAGCAAUGCCCAUGGCAAUCUCAACCGCAACGGUAGUCAAUUAGUGUUGACACCUCACCAGCAGCAGCAGCAGCAGCAGCAACAGCAAGGCGCAGUAAAUAAUAAUAGCAAUUACAGCUUCAAUAAGCUUCAACAACAACAACAACAAACUGAUGUAUCCCCAUCGUCUUCUACUUCUUCCACGCAACAGCAGCAACAACAAGAUUUUUAUAGCAGACUGCAACAACAACAACAACAACAGCAGCAGCAACAACAGAAUCUACAAACAACGAAUGACAUAAAUAUGUCCUCCGUCUCCAAUUCUUCCUCCCAAUCUCCACAACCACAACAGCUACAGCAAAUGCACCACCCACAUGCGCAUUUGCAAUCACAAAUGCACUCACACUCGCAACAAGCUAACCAACAGCAGCAGCUACGGCAGCAGCCACAGCAAGUACAACAACAAGAACAAUCAGCAAAUACAACGACAUUAAAUAUUUCCUCGACGACAUUCUCGUCGUCAUCAUCGCCUUCAUCGUCGUCAUUGUCGAGAGUGGAGCCGAUGUGUAUGUCGCCUGAGCAUCAGCCAUCGACACCAGUAAGCCCAACAACACUAGGCUUAAGUAGUAAUAAGGAUCCUUUACAACAACACCAGCAGGAAAAACAACAGCAACAGCAGCAAAAACAUAAAGAAUUACAUGUAGCUUCCUCGCCGACUACAACACCUUCAAUUCAGUCGAUUAUGAAUGAUAAUGUGGGUCAUCAUAAACAAUCAGACAUUGGCGGCGAUACAUUGUCUGCUGAGACCACAGGGGCUGAUGAAAAUUUAAUUGGCGAACAGGUUGGUAGACUGGGCGAAGAAUUGGCUGCGCCUACUGAGAGUGAUGAUACGGAGGAGAUGUCACCCGGCGGUGAUGGAAAUCACACUAUAAAUACUUCCAAAAACAACAACCACAACAAUUGUAACGACAACAAUCAAGUAACAGAGUACAACAGCAGCAGCACUACAGAAGGUUGUGUAAAUAUUGGUGCUUCCAACGAUGGUGCCAUUACGGUAAACAAUGUACAACAACAACACGGAUCAACACAUCCGAAUUCCCAUGAAAAUUGUGAAACAGACCAUCCACCACAACAACAUCAACAAUCACAUACAAUUGAUUUUGGAUCGCUGGAUCUGAACACCGAUGGUAAUGUUAUCAAUGGUCAACGGCAACAGCAACACCAACACCAACAUGAACAACAACAACAACAAUCAGUUUCACAUUCCCCACACGAUUUGAACGAUUCAUUGAGCUUCCUUAAUGAGACACUUGAUCUCUCGCAAGAGGACAUACAACGCACGCUUAUUGCGAAUAUGCCCUUCGGCGUGGCAAAUCAGAAAGCUUCUUCGACUACGCCGGUCACGGCAGCGGAAGCUGCAGAGGCGCAAAUAUUGAGCUCCAUCGAUUUUUUGGAGGGCAAUUGUGGUGGUCAGAGUGACGAUGAAAUUCUCGUGCCCGGCGUUACUUGUGAGGGUGAUGACGAGGAUGCUGACGAUGUGUUUGCCAAUUUGGAUGCGUUCGACAUGCUAGUCGAGUUCCCUGAACUGGAUUUAGAUGAUAAACAAGCACUAUCUAACGCGAUUCAUCAGCAACAUCAUCAUACACAGCAGCAGCAACAACAACAACUGCAACAACAAACCAAUAUACACAGUCCAUUGGAGCAGCUGAGCAAUAACCAACCACAAUGCGAUACAACUUUGGCAAGCAACAAAAAGAUACUAAACAUUUGUGAUUUCAGUCCCGAAUGGGCAUAUACGGAUGGUGGCGUCAAAGUGCUUGUAGUCGGCCCAUGGACUAACAACGCGUCAUACACUCUUCUUUUCGACGCACAACCAGUGCCGACACAGCUGAUACAAGAAGGAGUUUUGCGAUGCUGCUGUCCUCCACAUGAGGCUGGCUUCGCUACACUGCAAGUGUCUUGUAACAAUUUUAUAAUCUCCGACACAGUUUUAUUCGAAUACAAAACAACUCUGUGCCAAGAGCCACCCUUCGAUGCGAAUACAAACGAUUGCCUGUACAAGUUCACAUUACUUAACCGCUUGGCGUUAAUUGAUGAAAAAAUGCAAGUAAAAGCGGAAGCAACUGCAACAUUGUUUGAACAGCAAACACUUUUACUACAUAAGAAUUUUGAAGAACAAUUGGUUAGCUACUGCCAACAGCUAAUGAAACGUGUUUGGCUUCAAAAUGGCAAUAACUGGAGUGGUGGCUUCAAGGGUAUGACUCUGUUGCAUCUAACAGCUGCAUUAGGUUAUUCCAAAUUGGUUUGCGCUUUACUAAACUGGCGUUCUGAGAACCCGAAUAUCGUACUAGAGACUGAAAUUGAUGCACUGAGUCGAGAUGUCUACGGUUAUACACCAAUGGCUUGGGCUUGCGCUUACAAUCACUUGGAAAUGGCUGUCAUAUUGUAUAAGUGGAAUCAUAACGCCUUGAAGAUUAAGGAUAACGCUCACCAAACACCUUUAGACAUUGCUCAUUACAAGGGGCAUAAAGUUCUUAUGACGGAAAUUUAUCGCCUAGAAGAGGAACGGAACACACAAAAUAAGAAAAACACAUUCGGCACUAUAUCGCUCAGCCUAAAUAAAUAUGCUCAGCUAACGGGUGUACACUCAAAAUCAUUAAAUUCCAACGAACAAUUAUAUGAUGUUAAAGACAACGAACAUGUUUUCAACUCCUUAGAGGCCCUGGACAUGCAACGCAGUCAUGAUGGUGUGUUCCUGCGCCCAGUAGCAGUAGCAAGCAAUCAAAGCCCACCCAAUGCUAGUCGUUUCUCGAAACGAUCGUCUGUGGAUAGCGGCAUUAACAUGGACAUUCGAACGAAGUCAGGAAAAUCUUUCAAAGAUGUUCCGCGCUUGCAAAGUUUCGAAUCACAUGACAAUUUCAAUUUGGCCGUGGAAUCAUCUCUCGAUGCUUUGGCUGCAACGAAUACAACGAAUAUACUGCUGUCGCCUACACGUAAAAUGGACUUUGCGUUGUGCGAGGUAUCAACUGGCGAUUCAAGUCCUUUACCCGACAAAGAUCACGAUGAUACAUCAACGAUCAAUAAUGAUGAUGUAAACGAUGUGACUAUAAAUAAUGAGAACGAUGGUAUUGUAGGGGAUUCUGAUGCCAAAGUACUGACCUUGGCCGAGCAUAUCAUCGCAGCUAUGCCCGAGCACAUUAAGAAUGAAGCCGAUGAGAUGAUGGUGUUAGGUAGUCCCUUAACGGAACCGCUUAAUUCUGAUUCGCCAAGCUUAAAUAACGGCUUUAUGGAUCCGCUUGAUUCUCUGCCUAACACACAUUUUGAAAGCUUCGAUUUCAAUGAUCACAGCUAUCGCUAUCACGAUGUUAGUACACCGUGCUCUAGUCUCAGCCCGGCGAGUUCGGGGCCAUUGCAAUCACCAGCUAGUUACUCCAUACUGGGCGCCGAUCCAACGGUUAGUUCACCAAGCCCGCCGCCAUCUACAAAGCAGUUGACCGAAUUUUUACAUGCCUCUAGUAAUAGCCAAUAUCCAUUUGAAGCAGAUUUCUCCAAACUAACUUUAACAGACACGGAGCAACGUGAAUUGUAUGAGGCAGCGAAAUGUAUACAGAAAGCAUAUCGUUCAUACAAGGGCCGUCAGAAGUUGGAGGAACAGAAUAAGGAGCGUACCGCUGCCAUUGUUAUACAGAAUUAUUAUCGCCGCUACAAGCAGUAUGCAUACUAUCGUCAGAUGACAAAUGCCGCUCUCGUCAUUCAACACGGCUAUCGCUCGUAUUGUCGCAAUAAACGUUUCAAGAAAUCACAAUCCUCCAUGUCCACGGGCAUUGAUUUGUCUGCUGGCGACAGUCAAAGCAGUCCAACUUCGCAAUGUUUAUCCAGUUUCUACGAUCAUUUCCGUAACGACCAGCAACAGCAACAACAGCAACACCUUGAAUUCAAUUCUCAGCCGAACACACCAAAGGAGACUAGUCCAUCUGGUCCAUUAAAGCGUACUUAUUCACAAUCAACACAAAAUCAGGCAGCCAGAAAAAUUCAACAGUUCAUGAGACAAUCACGGAUUAAACUGCAGAGAGAACGAGCAGAAAAAGAGAAGCUGGUGCACCAACGCAGGGCGGAAUACCUUCAAAGCUUGCAGUAUCAAGAACAACCGGAAAUUGUCUGCCCACUCGAAAAAAAUGAAAUGCCAACUGCUACCGCAACAAAUGAAAGUCCCAAUCAAAAUGCUGGAAACAACAAUAAUAAUAGCAAUAGCAGUAAUAUUUUCAGCUUCAAUUUGAAUCAGAACCAGCAUUGAAGAGCCAAUUUAAAUGAGAAAUGCAAAAGUAGAAUAUGAAUGUAAAACAUCAUUGGAACAACGAAAGCUCCUAUCACAUAUGAAAGCUUAUGCUUGCGUCGUGAGUUGCGAAUAAAAAUGGCAGUUCUUUGCUUACCAAUUAUUAAAGAUUUACCCAGUGAAAUGAAAAUGAAACAUCACAUACAUAAAUACUUACUACAUAAACAUACAAAUCCCAUUAGAAUGCAUAUAUUGUUUACAUACUACACAUGCAUAGGUACUUACUGCAACAUUUACGAUAUACAUACAAAUAUAUGGUAUAUUUGAAUAAAAAAAGAGAAGAAAAACAUAAAAGUUACACAACCGUAAACCUAUGACUAAAUGUAAAUCUUUAAAUAGCUUUAUCAAACCGAGUGAAACUUUCUAUUCGAAACUUUUUGAAAUAGAAUUGUAGUACUUCUUAUUUACUAUUAUAUAAUAUAAUAAAUAUUUAUAUAUAUUUUUGAUUACUUCUAAAGAGAUAAAGUACUGUAUAUUGUACAUGAAUUUAAUUUUUUACUUUUGCUAUUGCACAGUUCUGUAGAAAACUUAGUCUAUCUCUUCUUCUUUCAAAUACAGUUCCGCGAAAACAAUGUAAAUUUUAAUAAGAAAUAUAUACUAUAUUUAGCAUAUGAAAUUAAUAACGAUGAGAGGGAGAUGAUGUUUCAUAUUUGAUAAUAUAUCUAUGCACCAGAAAAUAAACAUUUUUUGCCUUCUUAAAAAUAUAUAUGUAUAUGUAUAUAUAUAUAUAUAUAUAUACGUAUAUUUAAAUAAACUUAAGGAAUUAACAAACUACUACUAUCAUAUUAUUAACUAUUAACUAAUUAUGAAUAUCGAUUAACUGCAUACGUGUAUGUAUGUAGCAGUAGAAAAUUAAACAUUAACAAAGAAGAACAACAUCAAAAUACUUUUUACGAAUUGUUGGAGUUUUUUCUCUUUUCUAAUAUUAAACAGCGAGUCGCUUAUAUCUUAAGAAGAAUUUUCAGAUCUUAUAUACCAACAAAGUAUGUAGUUAAAUUAUUAAUCAGUAGUAAAGGGUAAUGUUACUUAGUUUUUCUAUUUCAUUAUAAACUAUUUUUCAUAUUUCAAGUUUCGGUUAUUGAUUUUUAUUGUUAUAAAUACAUAAAUACUAACUAGUUAAUAAAGAUAUGUGCUUACACAUAAAAAAAGAGUGCAAUUUCGAUUUAAAGAAUUUCAAACUUGAAAUUAAACCACAACACUAAGAGAACUUAUUAAAGAAGCCUUUGAAACUAUAAAAUAAAAAAAAACUUAACUGAAACUAUUUUAGAAGAAAUAAUAUAUUAAUGAAAAAAAAACAACAACUGUUGACAAAUGAGAAAAUUUAGUAAUAAACAUUGUAAACUUUUUAAACAAUUCAAUGUAGUAAACGAGAGCUAUAUUUAUAUUGUACGUAAAUACAUAUAAAUAUUUUAAAUCCUUAACAUAAAAAAAAAAUAAAACUAAAGCAAAAAUAAUUAUUCAACUUUAGAUUAACAAUGCUGAGAAAAAGCAUUUUCAAAAUACGUUCAUUACGUUAUAUAGCCAAAAUAAAAAUGUAAACUAAAUAUUUAAAAAAUAUUUGAAUUUAGUAAGAAUAUACAGUUUGUUUUUCAAAAACAACUCUACUCUCUACUAAAACCAAACAACUUGCUAGUUAUUGAAAUAAUGAAAAUAUAUAUGCUUUUAAAA